UUUUCUCCCGCUCUUGCUGGGAACGUUGCCCUGGAGGCGUGGGGCGAGUAGGUGUUGGGGUGGGGCCGGCGCGGGUAUCCGUGCUCCCGUGUGUCGCAGGCGCUACGUUGUCCCUGUCGGCCGCAGCUGGAAAGCAAACCCACGCGAGCGUGGGAGUUGGGGAGCACGAGAAAGGGAAGCUCCCACAGUGAAGGUGGGGAAAAGCUUCCGUGGGUCUUCACGAAUGAAUGAAUGAAUAGCGAGAGGAGUAGGGAAGGGACCGCUGUCUCCUUAGUUAUACGUGGGAAAGGAGUUGUAUCGAGGCAAGGGAGUAUUUCUGAAAAUGGAAUCUUUCCCGGUAACUUUGAACCAGUCUUUCCCCAAGUACCGUAGUGUCUUCUGGGUAUGUCCGACUACAACUCCUAUCAUCUUCAGCAUAACAUGAUGGAGUUGGAAUCCAACAUCCCUGAAGAGAAAGAAAUCUGGUAUACGAUGAAGGAAGGUUCUGUUACCAUGACUUCUUCAGCUGCAAAUCCCAAGAUUCUGUAUAGGAAUUCUCGUCUACUCCGUAUGGUGUUCCUACAACUCCAUCGCCAGCAAAGGGCUGACUUAUUUUGUGAUGUUGUCCUACAAGCAGAAGGCGAAGCCGUUCCAGCUCAUUGUUGCAUCCUGUCAGCCUGCAGCCCCUUCUUCACAGAGCAGUUGGAGCGAGAAAUGCCCCCCAAGGGACACAAGGUGGUGCUGGAAAUUCGGGGGCUGAAAAUUGGGACGUUGCGUAAAUUGGUAGAUUUCCUCUAUACAUCUGAAAUGGAGGUGUCCAGGGAAGAAGCUCAGGAUAUUCUUGCAGCUGCACGACAGCUUCAGGUGUCAGAACUUGAUUCUUUACAGUUAGAGGGAGGAAAAUUAGUAAAAAAAACAUUGGGCCGUCGUUUAAACAGGAACUGUUUGCAGAUAACCAAUCCAAUGUCCACAUCAGAGACAAGUUUAAUUCAUUCUUCUGCUCCCUCUGGAGGUAGCUUGACAUCCUGGCUAGCUGCAGGCAAGCAAGCAACAUCCAGCAAUAAUUUUAUAUCAUGCUCCAAAGAAAUAAGUAGCCACAACAGUACCGAUCAGAAGGACCUAAAGAAGCAAAAGCUUACUACAGCAUUGCUAAGUAGUGACAAACAGAUUUCAAAAGGCCAAACAAUUACUGCUGAUCCCCAGAAAACAAAAGUUAAAAAACGCCCUGCAGGCACAAUAAGGAAUAUAAUGGCCAAUAAUGAGAAUGGUGGUCUGCACAGAAAGGAGACUGAGACUGGAGAGACACACACUAGAGCCGGUUUGCAGACUUCAAAAAAGAUAAAGCUCAGCCGUCCAAAGCUUUCCUUCCCACCUCUGUCUACGCCUUGUGCCACCAAAGACCAUUGCACUGUGACAUCCAGCAAAUCGCCAAGAUCCGUUAGACGUCUCUGGAGACAAAAAUGUCCUGGGAAGGAUGAGACAAAAAAAGAAGAUAGUAUCCAUUUUUGUGACUUCAGAAGCCCCCCUCUUCUUCCAAAAUCUAAAGGCAGAAAGCGCAUCCCCAGUGAUCCAACACCCUGCCCAAACUGUCCCCAAGAAAUAGGUCACAUAGGCCGAGUAAAGCUCAGAAAAGUUAUCAAUGGCAGCUGCUGGGAAGUGGUGCAUGAAUCGCCUGCUGUGCAGCCAACAGUGGUGGCAAACGGUGUGCGUACUUUGAAAGAUGAGGGCUCCCAAUCUCAAAUCAGACAUCCUAAACCAGAAGUCGCAGAUGUGCAGCAGUUGGCUUGCUCUGCUAAACUGCUCCCUGCAACUGCUGAGGCCGCACCGGCUCCUGACAAAAGUGUGAUAAAACAACAGCCAGAACUACCUGAGAAGAAGGUGGCCUUAGAUGAAGGAGCUGAUGCUGCUGAGAAUCAUUAUGACCUGGAGGCAUUUGUGCUGGAUCAUCUGGUCAAGGAAGAGCAGUAUGACAGCCUUGCUUCAGCUGGAGAGUUGGAACAGAUGCUAGACUUGCUUCUGGCUGAUGAGGAUGCCACUGAGGGAAUCCAGAGCACCACUAUUACACAAAGCCUGUGUGCUUCACCCCAGGAAAAUGAGAAUGUCCUGGGGAACAUUGAAAUUGAAGAAAAAGAGAGAUGUUGUACAGUAGGUCCACAGUUGGACAAGAUAAAAAUUACUGAAGCUUGUGACUCAACAAAUGGGAGCUCUUUGUUGGACCCUGUCCUUAACUGUCUUCCUCUUGUAACACCUGAGCCUAAUGGUGAGUGCCUUUCCUUGUCCAGAUCGGCCUCUCCCCAAUUGGGGGAUUGGGCAACGGCUCAGUGUCAGCUGUCUGAAUCUACAAAUGGGACUGCAAAAUGUGCUGAGCCUUUGUCUGUCACUUGGACAGGUGAUGAGGAUCAAGGACCUCUAACUUAUGAUAUGGGAAUCUCAGAUACAAAGUCACUUACUGAAGCUGUUCUGAGCAACCCUGUGCAGCACAACUUGGACUGCAAGCUGCCAUCUUUCUUAGACAGCCUAGAAGAAGAAACCAUAGACAUUGGUGGGGUAGAGGACCUCUUUCUUAAUAUUGAAUGUGUCCGGCCUGAUCCUUCUCCUAUAUCUGAAACUGAAGUGGAUGUUCUGAACUAGUGAGUGCAAGUAGUGGCAAGAAAUUGGUGAGGUGGGCUAGCAGACAGUAUUGCACUUAAAAUUCCAUGCCACAAAAAGCAAUUAAUAGAUUCCAUAAUGUUUUUGAGUAUUUUGAUCAGAUGAUGGAAAAGCCCCCUUUAAAAUCAAGCUGGGGGGAGGCUGCUUCAUUAUCACCAAUUAUCAGCCUCCUUUAAUCAUGACCGUGACAUUGAUAUAAUCUAUUCUUUGCGUACAGGCCACCCUUCCAGGAUGCCGGGGUUCUUCUGCUCUAUUGUGGGAUAGGUAACCUACAAGAAAUCUACAGCAUUACUUCUAUGAAAAGUAAUAACGUUUUAUGUUGAGAAACAUCUUGGGGCUGGUAAUAAUUUUACACAAGUGUGUUCUACUUAAUUUCCUUUAUAGAUCAUAGUGUAAUUGUCUUAUAGUAAACACAAGAUUUUAAAAUGCCAGUCAGUGUUUAAAGCGCGAGGACAAAAUUAUGUUUUCUGGGAAGAGCUCUUUUGUGAAACAGUGUUGUUCUCAACUGUUUUAGGUUCUGUGCUUCCCUUUAAUAUUUUUAAAUGUUUUAUUUAAUGGCUAGUGAAUUAACCAAACUUGGAAAUAAAAUUCAUUGCUGUUAGGAUGAUUGUUUUAUCCCAAGCUGGGAGCUACUACCUUGAGUUAGGAGUUCAAAGGCAAUAUAAAGGACUUGGCAAGAGGAUAAGAACUGCCCUCUUUGUACUGGCUCUUGUCAGUUCAAUGCUUCAUUAUUAUUAUUAUUGUUUAAAAGUCAGAUUGGAACUAGGAAGGCCAGCAGAGAAUCUCCUGAUCUCGCGUUACUGGAGAUCACACAGUACCAACUCAACAGCACUUGCAGCAGUAGAUGCUUUGCUGUAUAUGUCAAUUCUCUUAAAACCAGUACGUUGCUGGAAGCAGCACCCCUUUCUCCUGCUUUUAGCUUGCUUGAAUUGAGCCGAUUUUUCUCCUGAUAAGUGGCCUGCAGCAUUUAAACACUGAUACAGAGGGAACUAAGUGCCUUGCUGACUUUCUGUAUUUUAAAAAAGAGAUGGCUCCCUAGAGGCUUGAGAAUAAUUGCCAAGUUGCUUGUUGUUCAUUGAAACCAUCUCCCUUGUGUUUGCAGCUUCUUCACAGAGAAGUGUAUUCAAGUGCAGUGACCUAUACCUCCACGAAGCUGUGCCAAAUACUUCCUUCUCUCACAACCCAAAGCUCUUCAUGUAUGCAGAACAUUCUGAAGAGUAGAGGGCACAAAGACUGGA